CUUCCAAACAAAAAUAAAGGCUGUCAAGGGAGCUUCUCCAUGAUUGUCAUUUUUUUUCAAUUCACUUAUGGCUGCCCGGAUUCCUGGUUUAACAAGUACAGCUUAAAUUAUUAUUAAAGCUAGUGAAUCAAACCAGAAAAUAACAAGUGAAAAAAAAAAAAGAGAAGAAUAGGAAGACAGGGUGCAAUUAUUGUAAUUUUUUGGUGACUAUCUUCCACUCUGAUCAUCUACCUAUUUCAGAAAUACUAAUUUCUGUUUAAGCUUAUUACUGUUCAUCUUAUUUGAACAGAUUUGAGGCUAAUCCACUGAUAGGGUAUAAAUUUACAAGCUCUUUCAAGUUUUAUUCGGAGUUUAUAAUUUACUCGUUUGUUUAUCCCUGUUGAAGUAUGACUAGAUUAUUAUACACCAUUAAGAAGCACUGAUUGAAAAAAUAAAAUAGGAUAUGUUGCUUUGACACACAAUGGCUUCAUUAAAUCACAGCCUACCAGGCAAGGCCACGUGUGUAGGACCUCCAUAGCCACUACUUCCCCUACAUUUCCUCCUUUUUAUUAUUACUAUAAUUAUGUUUCCAAAGGCAGCAAUUCCCAAAAUCCCCUCCAAAACCAGUUAUUUAACCAUUCCUUUUAUCUUAUCAGCAGCUACCAAGAAACACAAACACAGCAAAGAGGGGUGGAAGGAAAGAGACAUAAGGGGCAGUAUAGUUUGGUGCUGGUUCUUAGUCUCUUGUGGUGUAGUAUCUUACAAUCAUUCAUUUGCUUUUCUGCUUUAGAUGUGGAUGUUAGCUUUUCAAUACAGUUAAUAGGAUAAGAGGUUGCCACUCCCAUCCAUUCAUGGUCAUCACUGACUGAAGAAUCUUUAGUUUGGGUAUCGAUUCAUUUGAGGAGUGAGGAGGUCAGGGGCAGUAGCUAGAGCUGCCCACAUUGACUAGCUCGAGAUUAAAUUUGAACAUUGAUCUUCAUCACGCUUUUGUAUUAAAGAUGUUGCUGAAAAGUUGUGAUCCUAAUGACAGAGAAGGUAGUAUGAAGCUUGUGGAGGACCUGACCAUGAAUGCCAACCAAGUACAGAAACAGAUACUACAUGAAAUACUAACACAAAAUGCAGAUACAGAGUAUCUAAGGGGCUUUCUCGGCAGUGGUGACAGCUUCCAUAGGGAGCUCUUCAAAAAGAGGGUUCCCAUUGUGAACUAUGAUGAUAUCAAGCCAUAUAUUGAGCGAAUUGCCAACGGAGAGCCAUCACAGAUCAUUUCAGCUCAACCCAUUUCUGAGCUUCUAACUAGCUCGGGGACUUCAGGAGGACAGCCAAAGUUAAUGCCAUCAACCGCAGAAGACUUGGAUAGAAAAACAUUCUUGUACAACCUCCUUGUUCCUGUUAUGAACCAGUAUAUGGAUGGCCUGGACCAAGGAAAAGGGAUGUAUCUCCUGUUUAUAAAACCAGAAAUUAAGACCCCCUCUGGUUUAAUGGCGAGACCGGUACUAACCAGCUACUAUAAGAGCAGUAACUUCAGAAACCGGCCUUUCAACAGGUUUAAUGUGUACACAAGCCCGGAUGAGACCAUCUUGUGUCCAGACAACCAGCAGAGCAUGUACUGCCAACUGCUCUGUGGUUUGAUCCAGAGAGAGGAGGUGCUUAGGGUGGGGGCAGUCUUUGCUUCUGCAUUACUAAGAGCAAUCAAAUUCAUAGAAGAUAACUGGCAAGAGCUAUGCUCCAACAUAAGGACGGGCCAUGUCAGUGACUGGAUAACAGAUUCCAUUUGCAGAAACGCAGUACUAAACAUCCUCAGGCAACACAAUCCAGAGUUGGCCGAUUUGAUCGAGUCUGAAUGCAAGGCCAAAUCUUGGGAAGGGAUCAUCAAGAGGCUGUGGCCGAGAACAAAGUAUGUUGAUGUUAUAGUAACAGGGUCGAUGGCUCAAUACGUCUCCACCCUUGAUUUUUACAGUGGUGGGCUGCCUCUGGUCUCAACGAUGUAUGCUUCAUCAGAAUGCUACUUUGGUAUCAAUCUCAAUCCUCUAAGUGAACCAUCAAAUGUCUCCUAUACACUCCUACCCAACAUGGCCUACUUUGAGUUCCUUCCUGUCAACAAAAAGCAUGGAGAAGAGGGUGAACGAGACACAUGUGAUGUGUCCUCAGAGAUGAAUUGCUCGAAAAAGGAGGACAAGGAGGUAGGGGAAGAAAAGGGUGAAGCUGUCGAUCUUAUACAAGUGGAGCCCGGUCACUAUUAUGAACUCAUUGUCACCACUUUCUCAGGGCUAUACAGGUACAGAGUGGGAGACAUUCUAAUGGUGACAGGAUUCCACAACAAUGCCCCACAGUUCCGAUUCGUACACAGACAGAAUGUGGUGCUAAGCAUCGACACUGACAAGACCAACGAAGACGACCUGUUGAUGGCAGUAACAGAAGCGAAGCAACUCCUCGACCCACUGGGCUUUCUCCUCACCGAGUACACCAGCUACGCAGACACAUCGUCAAUCCCAGGUCACUAUGUGCUCUUCUGGGAGCUCAAAUCCAGGAGAGGGAACCCGGAUCAGAAACUUCCAGAGAUGGACAGGAACGUGAUGGAAGAAUGUUGCUAUACAGUGGAACAGUCGCUAGAUUACGUAUACAGGAGGUGUAGGAGCAAAGACAAGUCGAUUGGGGCGUUGGAGAUAAGGGUGGUGAGGCAGGGCACGUUCGAUGCGCUCAUGGAUUUCUGCGUUUCUCAGGGUUCUUCUGUAAAUCAAUACAAGACGCCCAGGUGUGUGAAGUCCGGCGAAGCAAUCGAGAUUUUGGAUUCUAGAGUGGUUGGUAGAUUUAUGACUAAGAGAAUCCCUUUCUGGGAACCUUACGGAAUAGACACAAUAAGCUAAUUGACGUAAGCCCACAAACUUAUGGGCCUUGCAUUAAUGUUACCUUCUGUUUCAAGGUCUAACUUAAAUAAAAAGCUGAAUUGAGGGGGCCCAAGCCCAUAUUUGAACA